CGGGUUAUAUGUCUUACGUUCGCUGUGAAUUGCUGGCAAGUCAGUAGAGGUUGCAGACUAUGGCGCUGGUCUAUGAGCACUUGAAGCUACAUACAACACCUGAGAAGUUUUUUGUGGAAGCCUGUGACGAUGGCACGGAUGAUGUUCUUGUCAUUGACAGAGUGUCUUCAGAAGUUGCUCUUACAGCGAAGAAGGAUAUCCCACCGUCAGCUAUUACAAGACCCGAUAUGUGGAAUCUUGGGUACAAUAAAUAGUUGCAGGAAUGUAUCUGAUUGUGAUUACCCGUAAGAAGAAAGUGGGUGAUCUUCUUAACCAUUCCAUCUGGAAGGCAACUGAUUUUGAUAUAAUCUCCUAUAAAAAGACAAUUUUACAUUUAACUGAUACUCAGUUACAGGAUAAUAAAGCGUUCCUUUCCAUGAUCAACCAUGUUCUCAGUGUUGAUGGAUUUUACUUCUCCACCUCAUAUGAUCUUACCCAUACUCUGCAAAGACUUUCCAACACAAGUCCAGAAUUUCAAGAAAUGAGCCUUCUGGAAAGGGCAGAUCAGAGAUUUGUUUGGAAUGGCCAUUUACUGCGAGAAUUUUCUGCUCAACCUGAGAUUCAUAAAUUUGCAGUUCCAGUCAUUCAUGGAUUUAUUGCGAUACAUUCCUGUUCUAUUAAUGGAAAAUACUUUGAUUGGAUUCUCAUCUCUAGAAGAAGUUGUUUUCGAGCUGGAGUAAGAUACUAUGUUAGAGGUAUUGAUUCUGAAGGACAUGCAGCAAAUUUUGUUGAGACAGAGCAAAUUGUGUACUGCAAUGGAGGAAAAGCUUCGUUUGUUCAAACUCGUGGAUCAAUUCCAUUUUUCUGGUCACAGAGACCAAACUUGAAAUACAAACCAAAGCCUCAGAUCAACAAAGCUGUAAACCAUACAGAUGGAUUUCAGCGACAUUUUGACUUGCAGAUAAUUAGCUACGGCAAGCAAGUUAUAAUUAACUUGGUUAACCAAAAAGGAUCAGAAAAACCACUUGAACAAACAUUUUCACAGAUGGUAAAUGGCCUUGGAAAUGGAAUGGUUAGGUAUUUUGCUUUUGACUUCCACAAAGAAUGCAGCCGGAUGCGCUGGGACCGGUUACAGAUUUUGGUAGAUCAGCUGGCUGAAAUUCAGGACGAAUUUGGCUAUUUCUUGGUGGACUCUGAAGGGAAAGUGUUAAUGUCCCAAGAUGGAAUUUUCCGAAGUAACUGUAUGGAUUGUUUAGAUCGCACAAAUGUUAUUCAGAGCCUACUGGCACAUCGCUCUCUUCAGGCUCAGUUACAGAGACUUGGGGUCCUCCAUAUUGGGCAGAGGAUUGAAGAGCAAGUACAGUUUGAAAAAAUUUAUAAAAAUGCCUGGGCCGAUAAUGCAAAUGCUUGUGCAAAGCAGUAUGCAGGAACAGGAGCUCUGAAGACAGACUUUACAAGAACUGGCAAACGGACACAGUGGGGACUUAUAAUGGAUGGCUGGAACUCUCUCAUACGAUAUUACAAGAACAAUUUUUCUGAUGGCUUUAGACAGGAUUCAAUUGAUUUGUUUCUUGGGAAUUAUUCAGUUGAAGAUGUCUAUACUACAAGUCCUUUACAAAUUCAGAAAGAUUGGAAAUUUUUAGCAUUGCCAAUAAUCAUGGUGGUUGCAUUUUCCAUGUGCAUUAUCUGUCUACUCAUGGCUGGUGACACAUGGACUGAGACUCUGGCCUAUGUAUUGUUCUGGGGUACUGCUAGUAUUGGAACAGCCACUUUUAUUCUCUACAAUGGCAAAGACUUUGUUGAUGCUCCAAAACUAGUGCAAAAGGAGAAGAUGGACUGAAUUUGUAAUUGUUCAAAGCAUCUUGGCAGUGAUUCUUCCACAAGCCAUACAUGGAGUCUUUACUAAUCUGCUUUCAAUCAUUUUGUUGAUCUUCCUAAUUUUGACUAUUCAAAACCAUCAUUAGCAAUGAAUUUUUAUGCCAUGGGUGCAGUAGUAGUAUACUACGUGACAUGGAGCACAACAUACUGUACUCUAAAAAAAAAAAAAAAAAAAAAAUCUGCUUAUUUUCCAUUGAUUUGCAGCGUCCUUCUUACUACUGCUAUUACAGGAGAUGAGACUAUCUCCUAAGCAUUUUAAAGUCAAUAAUUAUACAAUAAAGACUUUAAUCUUUUGCUUUCCAUGCCUUACAAUUGUCUAUAAAUCGCAGUUUUCCUUUUUUUUUUUUUUUGUUUAUAUAUAUUUUUUCAUUGAGUAGUUGAAGAUGACAAGCCAGAUACAUACAUACAUACAUACAUAUACAUAAGCUGGUAAAGAAGCACUCCCACAAAAAACAUUAUUCUUUCACCUGUUAGGUACAUGAUGUAAACGGUAAUGAAGGUAAUCUUCUUACCAGAGACUGCAUAUUUGAGUUAUAACCUCCCUUCUGAUCCUCAGCUGUAUCAUGUGACCAACACUCUGACUCUCCAAAUAACACAGCAUCUUAUGUGUGGACAGGAAGCCAGUUUCUCUGUUUUCCUUUGGGAGCCUCAGUGUCAGAGUGAAAGAGAGAAGUAACUGACUUCCUGUCAAAGUUCAAUUGGAGAUCAGUGUGUUGGUCGCAUGAUACAGCUGAGGAUCAGAAAUAGUCACUGGUGAGAAGAUAACCUUCACUCCAAUUUACAUCAUGUACCUUUCUAACAGGCCAGAGAAUUAUUUUUUGAUGGGAGUGCUUCGUUAAGCAUUCCUUUCUUUAAUGUGUGUAAUAAGACAAAAAAAAAUUCCUUCAUUUGUAUGCCUUAAUUUAUAAUAUGUUUUAAUUUAGACUUACUGCUAGAAUAUGAUUGUUCGCUUUAAGAAUUGCAAAUGGUGAAAAAUCUGCUGUAAGUGCAAACAAGCACAUAAUGUACAAUGGAAGAGAGCACUACAAAAUAGAAGGACAGGUGUAAUAUCCUAUUUGUUUCGCUCUGUGUAAGCUUGCAUUGUAAUCUAUUACAGCAUCAGGUUGCAUCUGCAGUAACUGUCUUAUAAAAGUCAUGGUUAAUGAUUUAAAUAAAUUAAAUGUCAAUAUCAAGA